ACGAUCCGCAAGACCGCACGAGAGCGGUUAGGUUUUGGAGCGCGCGGGGGAACGGAAAUGGCCGACGUGCGGUCGCCGCCGCCGCCGCCGAGCAGGCAGCGGCGAAGCGUCGGGCCGGCGAUGGACGCGCUGGGCUCGCUCCCCCUCGACGUCCUCGACAACAUCCUCUCCCGCCUCCACAUCCACGACGUGGUCCGCACCUCCGCGCUGUCCCGAGCGUGGCGCCGCCGCUGGGAGUCGCUCCCCACCGUCGGCCUCCUCAACAGCCCCGGCAUCGGCGCCUCCGACGUGGACGCCCUGCUCCUCCGCCGCACCGCGCCCGUCCGCUCCUUCCGCCUCGCCACGCGCGACCGCUCCUGGUCCCCCACCGCCUUCCACGACUGGCUCCUCCACCUCCACCUCCGCGGCGGCCUCCGGGACCUGGAGCUGACCCUCCGGUACGAGUUCAUGUACCAGAAGCUCAACUCCUGCCUCUUCUCCUUCCGCGAGCUCACCUCCCUCAAGCUCUACUGCUGCGGUCUCCCCAACUUGCCCGCUGAGUUCGCCGGGUUCCCGAAUCUGAAGACGCUGCACUUCUCUAUGGUCCAAGCUCAGAGUCCCGGGGGAAGGGGGAUAGCCACCCUGAUUGCCGCAUCGCCGGUGCUCCAGGAGGCGAGUCUCAUCGACGGAAAGCUCAUCGGAGAUGGACCCGACGAAGAUUGGGUGAUUCGGGGGUCCAAUCUCCGGAAACUGACCAUAGCUCUUGGCCAUAAAUAUGGUGGACGGAUCGAAGACAUCGCACGGCUGGAGGAAUGUUGUCUCUUUGGCCCAAAUUACGCCAAAUACUUGAUGCGGAUGGCGCAUGUCACCAAGCUCAGCUUCUACUGCAAUUCCAUUUUGUCAACUGAAGUUGACGUGCUGGAGCGAUUGCCAUUCCUGUUUGAGAACCUUAGGAGCUUAGUCCUUGGAGUGAAUUUUUGUAUUUUAUCUCACAUUUUGGCUACUUUUUGCCUACUUAGAAGUGCGCCAGUUCUUGAAGAACUCGAUGUUUGGGUAUUUAGUGAUGGGACCCAGGAAAUGAAAACAGAUGAUGAGUUCUUCGAUGCUCAGUGGGUCAAUCAUAUGUUUGCCAAACUUCAUGUUGUGCGCAUGAAGAAGGUUUCUUGCCUCUGUAAUGAAAUGCUUCUUAUAGAGUUCAUUCUGUCCAAGGCAAGAGCACUACGAGUGCUGUCCCUCACUCUUGCAUCCAAUUCCCAGUUCAGUAUCGAGGAAGCAAUUACUGAUAUAACUGAAUAUCCGAGAGCCUCACCUUAUGCGCAGGUCAUCUUCGCGGGUAGAGAACCAGAAUGUGCAAAUGAUGAAUGGAAUGGUUUCGUUGAUUUAUCCGCCGAGUUGUCUGACUUGGAGGACAUACAGACAUCAGGCAGAAGAUCACUCGAUACUGUUAACCCUCGGAGAAGGCAGCGGUUGAAUGGGGAGUCUGUAGCUCAGCUGCAACAGCUUGAGGAGCAGCUGUUAGAGUUGGAAAAGGAGGAGGAAGAGCACCACAUGCGUAGGAUGCAAGCAUUGAAUGAGAUGGACCAGGAGAGUGAAAAUGUCUUUAGACAUCAAGAGUACAUCAUAUCUACAAUUGAGUUUCUGUCUAAACAAUGCAACCUUCACCAAUUUAGCCUUCCCCCAUGGCCAGGACGGCCAUCAAUGCUGUCAUCUCAUACGGCUACCACCGGACCAGGAGACACUCCAGUUGAUCCUGUUGAUAAUGCCGAUGUACAUGUGGAUUCUCAAGAAGACCAUGCCACUCUUGAUGCUGCUGAUGCUCAUGUUGGUUCUCCAACAAAGAAUGUUGCCAAUGGUGCUCCGAAUGGUUUUGCGGAUUCUCCAGAAGGCCAUAUCUGACUGGAGUUUCAUGAUACUAGUCAUUGGUGUACUUUCAUUGGCUGUGAAAUUUUCAGUUGUCAACAUCCUCGACUGUGGAACUAUAUCGAAUUUAUCAUCUGUUGAAGUAAUCACAGUGGUACUCCAGUAAUCCAUUUCCAAUUUUCAA